CUGAUGCGAGAAUCUGGAACUCUAAGAUCUUUAAGAUCCAGUAGAACUUGGACACUAAGAGUUUUAUAUGUGAGGAGAAGGACUUUAGAUUAAUUCUGGAUUCAACAGGAGAUGAUGAAGAGAAGGGUGAAGAUGGGUCAGAAACAGGAAGUGUCGUUCCUCAGCAUCCUGACCUUCCAUAGGGAGCUGCUGGUCUCCAGACUCCGCAGCAUUCAGUGCCUCCUGGAUAACCUGCUGGCUUCUGGAUUCUUCUGUGACGAAGAUGUUGAGAUUGUCCAGAGAACGCCCACCAAGCCGGAUCAGGUGCGCAAAAUAUUGGAGCUGGUCCAGUGCAAAGGAGAGGAGGCAUGUGAAUAUUUUAUUUUCAUCGUUUAUAAAGUAUGUGACGCGUAUGUAGAUCUGCAGCCGUGGAUGAAAGAGAUCAACUAUGAGCCGAGCAGAAAUAUGACUGAGCUGAAGGUGGUGAACACAGAUCCCAUCAGCAGGUUCUGUGAGAAGCUACGACAGGAGAUGAGCCGGGACACCAGCUUCAUCAUGUCGUACGGCCAACAAGAGGAGACCCGGCUGGUGAGCUCAACCGACACCGUGAUGGAGCUGCCUGAAGACUGUAAUGAAAGUCUGGGCCUCUUGGAGAGUCUGGACCAGCUCCUGGGAGACGAUGCAGUUUUCAAUACCCAGGGAGAAAUCAUCUAUGUGAUGGGAGAUGCUGGUGUGGGGAAAUCUAUCCUCCUGCAGAAGCUCCAGAACCUGUGGUCCAAGAAGGAGCUGCAGACAGACGGCAUCUUCUUCUUCAAGUUCCGCUGUCGGAUGUUUAGCAUCUUCAAGGAUGCAGAGCAGCUUUCCCUCAGGGACCUUUUGUUCAAAUACAACUGCUACCCAGACCAGGAUCCAGAUAACGAAGUCUUUGAUUACAUCCUGCGCUUCCCUGAGAAGGUCAUAUUUACUUUUGAUGGCUUUGAUGAGAUCCAGGCGGAUAUGGACCUGAUGAAUGUUCCAGAAGUGGUGUCUCCAUCGAGAGAGGCGAACUCCCUCCAGCUGCUCAUCGGCCUGCUCUGUGGGAAACUGCUGAAAGGCUCAAAGAAGGUUCUGACGGCUCGGACGGGGAUCGAGAUGCAGAGUAAGGUGAUCAGGAAGAAGGUGGUGCUGCGUGGCUUCUCCCCGGAACACCGCAGGACUUAUAUCGACCUGCACUUUAAGGAGCAGGAGCACCGGCAGCUGGUGUCGGUGCAGUUGGACGCCAGCCCCCACCUCUUGGGCCUCUGCUCCACCCCCCUGUUCUGCUGGAUCCUUUGUAAAAGCUUCAGCCACCUGCACACCAUGCACGACAGUUUUCACCUGCCUGAAACCUGUAUAACGACCGACAUGUUUGUCCUGCUUUCCGAGGUGUUCCUUAGCCGCUCUGCCUCGCCGGCUUCGUCAAUCCUGAAGAAGAGCCCGCGCUGCACCUCCGACACCUUCAGAACAGGACUCAGGCCUCUCUCUGCCUUCUCCAGGCUGGCUCCAGGUUUGGAGAGAGGCAGCUUCAUUUGCAACCAGGAGGAAGUCAGUGAGGUUGGUCUGACUGAGGAGGACCUGGCUCUGGGCUUUCUGAGACCUGUCAGGGACUACGAUGCCACUGGAGAAGCUGCUGCUUUUGAAUUUAUGCAUGUGACCCUCCAGUCCUUCCUGGCUGCACUUGCUCUGGUGCUGGACGAGCAGGCUAAUACCGACUCUAUCUUGAAGUUCUUCACAGAGUGCAGUAGGAGAAGCGAGACAUCCUGCUUGUCUUCACUCUUCUGCAUCACCAGCUCGGCUAAGCGCGAGAAGAAGAUGUUUGCAAAGAAUGAGCACCUUCAGUUCACUAACCUGUUCCUGUCCGGACUGCUGUCAAAGAACCAGGCGGUCCUGAUGAGACAUCUGCUGUCUCCUGCAUUACUGAAGAGAAAACGGGCUAAAUUAAAGUCCUACCUGUCCACCAGUGUCAUCCACCUGCAGGGCUUACCCCACUACAACGUUGAUGAGGGCAAGAAGGUUCAUGUUCUGCCCAACUUUCUCUGGAUGCUGAGGUGCAUCUUUGAGACGGGGAGCAAAGACAUUGCUAAGAUGACGGCGAAAGGCAUCACGGCGGGCUUCAUCAAACUGGGCUACUGCAACGUGUACUCUGGUGACUGCACUGCCCUCAACUUCGUCCUUCAGCACCGUCAGGAGCUGCUGGGACUGGACAUGGACAACAACAACAUCAGCGACUACGGAGUGAAGCAGCUCAAACCUUCCUUCUGCAAGAUGACGGUUGUCAGGUUGUGUGUUAAUAACCUGUCCGACAGCAGCGUGGAGGUUCUGGCUGAGGAGCUGUGGAAACAUAAAGUUGUGGAGGUUUUGGGGCUCUACAACAAUCACAUCACAGAUGUCGGAGCCAAGCUGAUUGCUCAGAUAAUCCAGGAAUGUCCCAAGCUGAGAGUUGUUAAGGUUGGUAAGAACAAGAUCACAAGCGUUGGUGGGAGGUAUCUGGCCCAGGCCCUUCAGCAAGAGCUGCCUUUCCAUAUUUCCGAUGUGGGGGUAAGUUGUAUCAGGAUGUGGGGGAAAAGCAUCGGGGAUGAGGGGGCUGAAGCUUUCGCCCAAGCUCUGAAGAAUCAUCCGAGACUCACAAACCUCAGUCUUUCAGCUAAUGGUAUCACGUCAGUAGGAGGGAGGUUGUCGCCCGAAGCUCUGAAGGAAAAACAGCAUCCUGCGAAUUUCUGGUUGGUGCAGAACGAGCUGAGCGACGAUGCGGCUCCACACCUGGCUGAGCUGAUUCGAGCCGACACCGGUCUGAGCCAACUCUGGUUGAUCAACAACAAGUUUAGAGAGGGAGGAAUCCGUCAGCUCCAAGAGGCUCUGAAAGACAACACCAAACUCAAAGAGAUCUGUGUGAAAGGAAACCAGCUUUCUGAAGAGGAAGAGAAGUGGUUUAAGUCAGAGAAACGGCUUCGCUUCCACUGAGCAGCUGCUUCCCUGGAAACAUGGAGUUUUUCAAUUGGACCAGCACAGAACCAGUGUGGUUCUGGUUUAUGAUCCAGAUGCUUUGAUACAUUCUGGCUGGAUCAGACAGGUUGGAUCUGGCUACGUUUACAUUGGCUGCACAAUUACUAGGCAACUGAGCAUUUGGACCUAUUGUAAUUUCAGUGCAGAUUUUUCCAGAUGUAUAAACUGGAAUUUCCGCAUACCAAGUGAGGGGGGGGGAGGGGGGCCUUAGGAGAACCAACAGCCCUGUAUCAGGUGUGCAGUCAUUGUUGCUUCUUUCCUCAGGCAAACAUGGGUCAGAAAAGAGAUUAAACAGACUCGAAAGCAAAAGUGAUUGGAAUGCAGCAAGAUAUGAAGGAGCUAGAACCAUCCAAACAUUUUACUGCAAAUCCCUAAAACGUCGUAAGAAACGUGUUGAGAGAAAAAUACACCAAAUUUAACUGUGAAGAUUGAGAAGAAUCACAUGAAGCUACCAGAAGCCGUUCUCCUCCAGUGGUGUGCUGUUCCAGAGCUGUAGGCUGCCUGGAAUAUCCCACAAGGUGGCCGAGUCAGGAGGGAUUUUACAAAGGUUUCGUGGACUGAUGGAUGGACCCGCCGCCUGAUCAGGGAUGGACUCCACUCACACACCAGCAAGGUGAAAGUGGGCUACUGUAUGGGCUCGAACGAUUAAAAGAUGAGCCUUGUUGGACACUGGGUGGUAGAUGGGCUCAAACCGAACUCCCAAACGCGCUCUGUCUCUUUUCCAACAGUGGAGCAGGAAAACGCUGUCUAAUAAUUCUACACACACACAUAUUCUGGUACAAAAGCCACAUCCUCGCUUUUGCUUCCUUAAAUAUUCAGUUUUGAGGUUUCUAAACAUUUCGAAGGACCGGGAGCAGCUGCUGCUGAAUCAUGAAAAGAUGUCCUCUAAGAUGCAGCUCGUCUGAUCUGGAUCAAGGCAGGAGAGGUCGUAGACUUUCUGCCAUCUGGUCACAGAAAAUUCUCAGGACUGUUUAACUGAACACAACCCGCUUUCAUGUUUAGGGAAUUUAGCAGAAAUUUCUACUUUUUACAUUGAAAAAGAGGAAGCUGAAAGCCUGACUGAACAAGAAGUAAAGAACAUGCUGCCUUCUGUAAAUGCAGAUUUACUCUGCAUCUGAGUAAAAUCCUGUGAAGAGAAAGUAUUUUCAUUGACUGUUACUCUGAGUUGUCAGUUUUCUAAUGAGACAGAAAUUGGUUUACAGAUUUUAUGAUUAUAGGAAGGUGGGAAAAUGAACCUGAACUUUUAUCUGCCUUAGAUUUAAACUCUCUCCAAACAUCUUUCAUUCCCACUUACAGAAGACACGGUUUAUGUCAUGGUUCAUAUUUCCAUAUUAGAUAGAACUGAACCAGUGUGUGUGUUCUCACUGAUGAUUCCUGUUCCAGAGACCAGUCCUGGUCCCUGGUCCUGAAACGGCUCUGAAUGUCAUUUACUUUUCAGAAAUAAGAAAUGAAAGUGUGAAUGUGGAAUUUAUUGUUUUAAGUGUAAAACCGGGGACGUCCCCCUUACUGGAAAACCACAUGUACAUAUAAAGCAGAUGUGGACCACAUGUAGUUCACAUGUGAAUCACACAUGGUUAACACAUGGUUCAACAUUUCAGAAAAAUGUUCCUCAGACUUUGGGACAAGGUUAAAGGUCAAACUGGAGAGUCUGGCUGCUGAACUGGCCUGCCUGCAGUCCAGGACCUUCUCACCAACACAAAC